UCGCUACGGAGAGCUGUUCUUCAACUACCAUCGCCCCUGAGAAAAACACGAAAACUACCGUCUUCCCUGUCUCAUCCCUUCGAUGACCAUGACCGACGGCGGUUCCUUCACAUCUUCGCAAUCGCAGCUUCUCUCCUCAUCCUCGUCUCUUCCCCCGGCGAAGCUCUGCUCCAAGGCAUACAAGAAAUCGUCGCAAUUAUACUUGACGCGUCGCCUACAAGAUGCUCUAUCUGCUCUUGAACCAGUAAUCACAGUACCUGCCGCGGAAAGAGAGCAGUACACCAAUGGAGGAACUCUAUCUCCUGUGUCUGCGUCAAUUGCUACUGUUCCUAGCACGUGGAGAAUUAAAGUGUGGAAUCUAUAUAUCGCGUUACUCAGCGCGAUAGUCGACUUGGGCCCCGAGGAAGGGAAACAGAUAUUCGGACAGAAAGAAUGGAAGGAAAUCGCAGCAAAGGUGCGCGACGGCAACGUUUGGCAGACGGUUGUCCAGACCGGUUACCAUGGCAUCGAAGGAGCAGUUGAUGCAGAUGUUGUCUAUAAUCUGGCUACCCUAUUAUUGAACCACUCGCCAUCGCAGACGCUGAACCAACAACGCAUUGAAACUUACCUCUCGUCCUAUGGUCAAUCAAGUCUCGAUAUUCCGGAUAAUCUACAGCAGAGUUCUCUGUCAGACGUUGAACAACGUCAGGCUGGUCCUGGGAGUGGGACGAGCACCCCGAAAGACUUGGCUGCUAGAGUUAGGAUAAUCGAGCUCUUCACCCUACAUGUCCUCCCCAGAAACAAUGAGUGGGAAUAUGCCAGAGAUUUUAUUAGUCUGAGCGAUGUGCUAGAUGAGGAACGGAAGGAGGCCUUUCUGCAAGCUCUCGAGAACCUCAAGGAGGAGAAGGAAAUGGGAGAGUUGCGCGCUGCGGAGAUCCAACGAGGGAAAGAGGCGGAAAUGGCGAAGCAUGCACGGGAAGCAGAACGUCGGAUGGCAGAGGAGGCUGCUGCUGCUGCUCCUGAGCGCUCGGGGCAAAAUGGCCUCAGGCGGGCCAGCAGUGAGGUCGACUUCGGUAUCGAAAAGAAUCACCCGAACGGCACCUUGAAGGGUAAGGGGGCGAAGUCUGAGAGAAGACAGUCCGGCACCAAGACCGCUACAGCACCGGGACGAUCUACGGUCUCAGCUUCCUCGAGCUCCUCAAAGAAUGUCAAGAAAUCUGAGAAACCGAGGGCGAGACCAGGGCAGCUCCGGGCAUUGACAAAUGCGAUACGCAAUCUCCUGCGGCACAUUGCACAAGCAGCGAGCAGCAAUCCAUUGUCGGUUUUCCGCACGUUGGUAUUUAUACUGGGUAUUAUCAUGGCGUUCAGCAAACAAAAUGUGCGCGAACGCGUUGGGAAAAUAACCGGGGCAGGUUGGCAAAAGGUCAAAGGUACUAUUGGGAUGGGCGUUAAGGUCAGCUAUAUUUGA